AUGAGCAUAGAACAACUUGAGGCGGAGGCUGGGAGGACAGACGCUUGGCCUGAUAGUCUUAAGAGAAGUUCUUGGCUAAGUGGGAGUAGGAUCAGGAGAAGUGGGAACCCCACAAAGCAGCAGCGGUUGCUUCCCAGCGAGGACGAGGUGAGGAAGGCGGCAACUGAUUGGCCAACGCUUGGGACCACUUUGAGACGAAUUCUUCGGGCGGGAGGAGUUGGGGGUGGCGACAGAGGGGAGCAUGGGGCAGGGGUUUCGCAAACAGGAGCAGCAGUAGCAGGAGCGAUUCUGGCAGGAACGGCGGCAGCAGGAGCAGCGCCGGCACAAGUUUGGAGCUUCUGUGAAGAACUGGGAGGAGCUGAAGAAGCAACAGGUUUGGCAGAGGAGGAGGGAGGGAUGGUGCAGCAGGAGAAGCAGUCGGAAGCCCAAGAGGAGCAGCCAAGAAGGGUGUUACCGCUGCCAGCUCAGCAGCAGCAGCAGCAACAGCAGCAGCAGCAGCAACAGCAGCAGCAGCAGCAGCAGCAGCAACAGCAGCAACAGCAGCAGCAGGAGCAACAGCAGCAGCAGCAGCAGCAGCAGCAGGAGCAGGAUUUUCGUCUGUUAAUUACCAGCAAAAUGCCAGGCAGUGGAAAGCUUUGGAGACAAGGGAGGUUAACUGGCGGUACCAAGGCAGAUCAUGAGUGCAGAUUCUGCGGCAAGGGAUUUGAUUCUCCUCGGGCGCUUGGAGGGCACAUGAAUCUGCACAGGAAAGAGCGCAAGCUAGAAGACGUGUUUCUGAACAAAGCCGAGGCUCAAGCUCGGGCUGAUCUGCAGCAGCUACAGCAGCAGUUCAUUCCUAGAGUACACCCGUUCUCUGUUGGCAUAUCCCACAGCACUGGAAGCAGAACCUCCGCUGAGACUCCACACAGCCUUUCUGCUGCCACGGCCUCGCACCUCCUUGGCUUGACCACACCUGCUGUGACCACACCUGCUGUGACCACACCUGCUGUGACCACACCUGCUGUGACUACACUUGCUGUGACUACACCUGCUGUGACUAUGCCUGCUGUGACUGUGCCUGCUGUGACUAUGCCUGCUGUGACUAUGCCUGAUGUGACUAUGCCUGCUGUGACUACGCCUGCUGUGACUAUGCCUGCUGUGACUAUGCCUGGACUUUCCCCAGCUCUUCCUUACCCCACCUCUGGGUCUCUUGCAUCUGCACUGGCUUCUGCCCUUGCUGGGGUUGCACCUUCGUUAGUUACACCUUCCCUAUCUACACCGGCGCUGGCCACGCCUUCCCUGGCCAUGCCUUCCCCGGCUGCACCUUCCCCGGCUGCUCCUUCCUUGGCUACUCCUUCGCUGGCUGUGCCUUCCCUAGCAUCGCCUGCACUGAUUAGUCCUCCACUGGUAGCUGGACCUGCUGGUACACCUCCUACCGCCACUGCUCACCUGCUUACUCCACAGUACCGUUCUCCAGUCACUGCUAUGACAUCUCAUGGCUCUUCAGGUGCUGCCGUUACAUAUCAUGGCUCUUCAGGUGCUGCCAUUACAUCUCCUGGAGCCCAUGCCCACAUGGAGUCAAUUCCACCUGCCUCCAUCCCACCGUGCCACCAGCACUCCUUCCGCUCCUUGCAACUGCCCUUUUUGUCCUCACAGCCCAACUUGGUGCAGCCGCAGCAGCAGCAACUGUUGACCUCUCAGCCUGCCUUGAGCCAACAGCAGCAGCAGCCAUUGACUUCUCAACCUGCCUUGAGCCAUCAGCAGCACCAUCAGCAGCCGUUGACUUCUCAAUCUGCCUUGAGCCAUCAGCAGCAGCAGCAGCAGCAGCAGCAGCCAUUGAGUUCUCAUCCUGCCUUGAGCCAGCAGCAAAAUGCUGGUGCACUGCCAGAGAAGUCAUUGCAAGUGGAGGGUGCAGGAGGAAGCGGGGAGGACGAUCUGGCACAGUUGGAACAGCUUCGCCAGCUGCUGUUCUUACAGGAGCAGCUUAUAGGGGAACAGCCGGGGGGGGAGGGGCUUCAGUUGAGGAGGCAAAGGUUGGAGGGGAUGCAAGGUGUGGAGCGGUGUGGUGACUUGAACCAGCAGGUGGAGGCUAAGGGGGGAGUGGCAGCAGAGCCUGCGAGGCACCGUUGUUCUGAGGAAUAG